ACGUCGCCGCCGUUUCCGCCCUCGGCCCGCCCCGCCUCUGCCGCACAGCGCUCGGCUACGCCGUAGGGUUGCGGAGCUAGCUAGGAAGCUCACGCUGCGGACCGCGGUCCGGAGCUUCCCCGGAGGCAGCCGACGCCUCGAUGCCCGAGAGGAGCAGGGUUCUGGAUCCAAGGAAAACAUAACCUUGUGUGUGCCCACCUUUCUGUGGCCCUGUGCAUUUCGGAGACACUGCUCGCCUAAGCGUUUCCUGGGUUCCAGCUGAGUGGACCCAGUGUGAAGUUAUAGUGGGAUCUUGAGGUGGGGGCGUCAGAGUACCAGAGCAAGAGCCCACUGUGGGGCUUCAGGAUUGAAGCUGGCACCUUCACGGACUAUGAGUGAAUUUUGGCACAAACUGGGCUGCUGUGUGGUCGAGAAACCCCAGCCGCAGAAGAAGAGAAGGCGGAUUGACCGGACCAUGAUUGGGGAACCAAUGAAUUUUGUCCACCUGACUCACAUUGGCUCUGGGGAGAUGGGGGCUGGAGACGGACUUGCUAUGUCAGGUGCAGUUCAGGAGCAGAUGAGGUCCAAGGGAAACCGGGACAGGCCUUGGAGUAAUUCAAGGGGCUUAUAGCUCCUAUGGAAAUAAAUGGUUCUGCCAUCUUGAAGUUCCAACUCUGUCCAGCCCAGAAGAAACGCUGCCCUCACCUGAUCCCUGCUAGGAUGUACAAAUCCCAAGGGCCCUUCUUGGCCCCUUUUUCCCCUUUCUGCCUAACAGUGCCUCUGAGGUGUGGGACUGGACUCCUCCUCCUCUCUCUGGCUGUCACCCCUCCUGGAGAUGGGUCAAGGCAGCAGGACUGACCAAGUGACCACUGGCUGGCCAGAGGAGCUUAGUGGAAACCCUGGACACUCAAGAUCUGAGUGAGGAGUUCUCUGGGAAUCAGGGAUGAGUUCCCUCCUCCUGAAUGAUGGUCUGGGUGCCAACUUUUUUUAACUCUUAGCCUGGAACUCCUUAGACAGGGCAGGUAGGUGAGAGUGCCAAAGCUGAGGCUGGCUUUCCUGAGAAGCUCUCUACCUCCCUGCCUUUCUCUCUUCCCUGUGAUGAACUAAAGCACAUGUCAAGCAGGGGCUGGGGAGGGCAGCAUUGCCCAGUCUACUCUGUCUUUAGAUUGUAGACUUGAAAUUCACAGCCCCAGGGGCUAGGGAUUUAGCUCAGCGGCAUAAGCGCCUGCCUUGCAAGCAGGCAGUCAUGAGUUUGAUCCCUGGUACCAAUAAAAAGGAAAAAAACCAAAAAAAAAAUUCACAGCCCCUCUCCCCCGUCUUUCUCUAAUCUUGUUUCUGUAGCAUUACCAGCUUCCCAGCGGUCCUUUUUUUAUUAAAAUUUUAAUUUAAGAUGAUUUAAUUGCCCCCACCUCACUCUUCUCGCUGCCGUUAACUCUGUUCCUGUUACUGGUUCCCACUGAGUAAGAGUUGUGGUGGAUCUUAACUGUCAACAUUCCAUUUAAGUCUUGGAGGACCUGGCCCACCCUCUACUACCUCCCUGCUGGCCCAGGUGAGAAAAGGAAGAGGGAUGUGAGGAGAAAGCGAAUGCAGAAAAGUAAGAGUUAAUCUCAAGGUAUACUUCCUGACUGUGGUGAGGUACAUAGAGUAGAAAUUACUGCCUCUGUAAGAUCCUUAUUAUAGCACAGGAACAGGGAGAAGCGGAGCAAGGCUUCUCAAUGAGACACAUUUGACCUUGUAGACUGGAUAAUUCUUUAUACUAGAGGGCUGUUUUAUGAUUCAGUGUUGAGCAGCAUCUCUAGCCCAUUCUAGUUUUGACAACCAAAAAUAGCUUCAGAAACUGCCAGGUGUCUCCUAGGAGCAAAGUUGCCCGAGGCUGAGAAUCCCAGCUCUGAAGUCCAGGCACUUGUAAGUGGGUUUUCGAUCCCCACCCUACUCCUCAUCUGGUUAUUCCUCAUGAGCCAUGGAUAGACUGGGACCCCUUGGAAAGUAAGCUCAGGAAAACUCCAUAUCAUCUUUAUUCUGUGUGUUCCUUAUUUUUGUGUGGCUUCGGGUCACCAAGAGGGUCAUGUGUUAGUUUCUUUCUUGCAGUGUGAAGACAGGAACAGGCUGCAUUGGGAUUGGAGGAGGAGGAGAUAAAAGCAGCACUCACACCCUAGCUCCCGUCCCCAAGCUCAAAGCUCUGUUCCUGUGCCCUAAGACCAGAACCAGACACAAAUAAAACUCAGGGAGUUUUAUGUGAAGAUCAGGACCCACCCCCACCUGGUUGCAGUGUUCUUUGGAUGGCAAAGCAGUGGAGGAGAAGGGUCUUCAGGCACUUUGUUUUCUCAGGUGUUUUUUGUUCUGGCCCUUUCUUUGCAGGGUGAUUAGGAAAGCAGAACAAGACAGAUGAGCUCCUGCCUGCUCUGAGACAGGAAUGCUGGGAUCUCAUUGGCUUUAACAGGGUCAGAACUGUGGAAUUGGAUCCACUCUCCUGAUUCCAUACAGCUAUCCUUUUUGUCCCCAUCUACAGUGACUGAAGUUUUUCAAGCGUCAGUGUACUGUAUAGUUUUGCAGGGUCUAAGAUUGAUGGUAGAGCUGCAUUCCCAAGUACUCUCGGUUCUAGUCAAGCUAGUUGUCCAGAUGGAAAUGGCCCACCUUGUUGCCCUAGAAGCUUGGUAGCCUGAGGGCUAGACUAGGGAUGGAAAAAGGGGAUGCAGUAAGGUAGAAAGGUGGGAACUCCUAUCUCCAGCCUCACUUAAUAGCCAUUCUUUGGACAGUCUUUGGUGCUCUCUUGCCUCAAGCCACCGUCUGUAAUGUGUAUGGGGUUGAGAGUCCUAAUUUAUAUUAAGAAUUGUUAAACUUUUAAAUGCAUUUUUCAAAUAAAAAAUGUAAGCAAA